AUGGAGUCAAAACGUUUAACAACUCGUUCUAUGCUUCAACGUGUUGUAAAUCUAACAAAACAUGCUCAUGAUUUUCAAUCAUCUGUAAAUGUAGCAAUUCCAUCUUGGUAUAAUUAUUCUUUUCGUCGAGGAAGUGUCAAUUUUAAUCAAGCUCAAGGAUUGAAUCCCAUUGCUAUUAAUCAAAAUCUACAAACAUCAAGAUAUGCUUUUGGUCCUUAUCGAAAAUUUGAUUUUUCACGUGCACAAAAAAUUCUUCAAUUUGAACUUAAUCGUCGAUGUGCUGCUAUAUCAAAAUUAAUGCAAUAUAAUCCAAAGUUAUGUCGAGAACUUGCUCAAGAUUUAUCACAAAAAUUACGUCGUCUUACUAAACCUGAUAUACUAAAUAGCACUCGAUAUAAAAUUAUCGUACUCGUUACUAUUGUACAAACAGUACCGGAUAGACAACGACAUCAAUCAUUGACUAUUGUAUCAAGAUGUUUAUGGAAUCAUGAAACUGAUGGAUCAAUCACACUACAUGCACCAUUAGGAUACGAUAUGCUUGCUAUUGCAACUGUUUUUGCAGUUUAUACAGACUAA